ACGUGCCGGUACCACUAUUCACGUUUUGGCGUUUCUAUUGAGCCUUACUUGUCGCCGUUUUAUGUGUUCCACCGUGAUAUAUCCACAGCCGUUGUAACGAUGGCUUCCAGGCGCCAAAAGACCCAUUUCAGGGUCGAACCAUAUCGCAUUUGCGCUGUCGGUCCCAAGUCAUCCAGGCCUGCGUCGACUACAGUGCCCACUAUAGCCAUUGUGGACCAAAAGGUCACCUCCGGUGGCAUGACCUUCAAUAAGAAGUUUGGUCAGCAUAUGCUUAAGAACCCUGGUAUACUAGACAAGAUUAUACUGGCCGCUGAGAUUCGUUCUUCUGAUACAGUUCUGGAAAUUGGACCUGGUACUGGUAACUUGACUAUACGGCUAGUUCCCCUGGCUCGUAAAGUAAUUGCCAUCGAUAUCGAUAAUCGUAUGGUUGGGGAGGUGAAGAAGCGCUGCUUGUCAAUGGGCUACAGCAACCUUGAUGUAAUUGAAGGAGAUGCGUUGCGUAUAACAUACCCCAAAUUUGACGUCUGUACGGCCAAUUUACCGUACCAAAUAUCAAGUCCCUUCGUAUUCAAGUUGUUAUCACACCGUCCGCUAUUUAGAUGUGCUGUCUUAAUGUUCCAGAAAGAAUUUGCCGAACGUUUAUUGGCAUCUACCAACGAGGCUAAAUACGGCCGCUUGGCCAUUAACACCCGUCUGUUUUGUACUGUAACUCGUGUUUGCAAGGUUGCUCCGGGUAGUUUCAACCCACCUCCAAAGGUUGACAGCAUGAUUGUGAAGAUAGUGCCACGUGAACAGCCAUUGGUGAUCGACUUUGUUGAGUGGGAUGGUAUGAUUCGUGUCUGCUUUACCCGGAAGCGUCGUACACUUCGGAGUCUAUUCAAGAAACAGGCUAUUCUGUCAGUUUUAGAGGGUAACUACAAAAAUUGGUGCACUAUCAACGGCAAGGCACCCGAACCUAUGCCAUUCAAGGACUACUGUAUGGGCAUACUUGAAGAAUCCGGGUUGUCUAAUCGGCGCAGCAUUACAGUGUCAAUCGCUGAAUUUCUAGAGCUCAUGGUCAAGUUUAACAACGCAGGGAUACACUUUGCCAACGUGGCGCGACCUGCAGGUGCCACCGCAGAUGAAAGUGCCCUAUCAACUGGCGACAAUCGCAUACCUGAAUUCCUAUUCACGGACGACCACAUGGAACUUGAUGACUGACAUUAUAAAGUAUC